CGUAACCUAGGAGAGGUUACGUUCUCAGCGUCGUAACCUAGGAGAGGUUACGUUCUCAGCGUCGUAACCUAGGAGAAGUUACGUUCUCAGCGUCGUAACCUAGGAGAAGUUAUGUUUACUUCCGGGUUGUCAGAGUGGAAAACAAGAGGGACUCCAACACGCCCACGACGAGCGAGCAAAGCGGAUUAAAGUCCCUCAGAAAUGGCUGGGGAGUCCGAGGACGAGAUACCAGAAUCAGGAGCCGUUUUCACUUUUGGAAAGAGCAAAUUUGCCGACAACAUCCCCAGUAAAUUCUGGCUUAAAAAUGACGUCCCCUUAAUAAUCGCCUGUGGGGACGAGCAUACCGCCUUAAUAACAGAAAAUGGGAAACUCUUCAUGUUUGGCAGCAACAACUGGGGCCAGCUCGGUCUGGGAUCCAAACUGACUGUGAACAAGCCCACUUGUGUCAAAGCUCUUAAGUCUGAGAAAGUUCAGUUUGUGGCCUGUGGGAGAAACCACACUCUCAUCUACACAGCUCAGGGGAAAGUGUUGGCCUCUGGGGGGAACAGUGAGGGUCAGCUGGGGCUCGGUGACUGUGACGAGAGGACGUCCUUCCAGAGGGUCUGCUUCUUCGACUCACGUGGACCAAUCAAAAUGCUCGCUGCCGGUUCAAACACCUCCGCCGCUCUCACAGAGAGCGGUAAACUGUUCAUGUGGGGCGACAACACGGAGGGUCAGAUCGGUUUGGGGAAGGAGAGCCACGCCUCGACGCCACAGGAAGUCAACGUGGGACGACCAAUCAGCUGGGUGUCCUGUGGAUACUACCACUCUGCCUUAGUCACAGUUGACGGUGCUCUGUACACGUUCGGGGAGCGGGACAGCGGUAAACUGGGUCUGGGCACCGACCAGCUGCCCCGACACCGAGUCCCUCAGCUGGUGAAGAGCGUCAAGGAGCCGGUAACACAGGUGGCCUGUGGAGGUGGACACACAGUGGCACUCACAGAGGACGAUGUGUUCACGUUCGGUCUCGGGCAGUUCGGACAGCUCGGUCACGGGACGUUCAUCUUCGAGUCUCGGCUGCCGCGGGCGGUCGAGCACUUCAAGAAGGGACGGGUGUGUCAGGUGGCCUGUGGAGAAAACCACACGGCUGUCAUCACAGAUGGCGGUUUGCUCUACACAUUUGGAGAUGGCAGACAUGGGAAACUGGGCCUGGGCGAAGAAAACUUCACCAACCAGUUCAAACCAACUCUGUGUCCGCGUUUCCUCAAGUAUAACGUUCAGGCAGCUACGUGCGGCGGCUGCCACAUGGUGGUGUUGGCUCGGCCGAGGGGUCCGAGCUGCACCGAUGUGACUCUGGAGGAGGACGACGUGACGGAGGACUACCUGGAGAAGCCGUAUGUGGAGCUGCUGGGGGACACGGGCGACUCCUCCACCCUGCAGAGGAGCCUCUCUGCUCGGGUCCGCAGGAGGGAGAGGGAGAGAUCUCCGGACCAGUUUGGUGCCAUGUUCCGCACGCUGCCCGCCAUGAUGCCCGGCUACCUCCACCCGCCGCUGCCCGUCUCCAGCCAGAGCAUCCCGCCCAGGCUGCCUCCACCUGAGCUGACCCACAGAAAGGUGCUGAACGGCACUCACCAACACAGGAGCGCAGGGUCAAUGCACCAGGAGCAGACAGGGGGCGAGACAGACAGCGUUGUGGAGAGCCUGACCGACAGCGACAGCGUUAAAGGUCUGGGAGAAACCUCUGACUUCCUCAACAUGACACAUAUGAUGAAGAUGGACCCCGGUGAUAAAACACUCACUCUGUCUCCAGUUCAGAAGAGGAAGGGUAAGCAUGGGAAGACCACUAAAGGGCACAAAGAGAACCCAAUAAAGGAAAGAAAGCUCUCCAAGCAGAGCAGUUUCUCUUCCACUUCCCCGUCUCGUGAGAGCAAGGCUGUCUCUCCUCGCCGGGGGUUACCCACCGAGCUCCUGAGGAGCCACAGUUCUCGCUCUCUGGCCUCUCAGAGCCCCCAGAGACACAAAACAGCCAAUCAGAACAAAGAGAAUAUGAUCAUGGCCAUGGAGGAGCUGCAGAGGAAACCCAGUAAACACAAACCCAGUGUAGGGGACAUUAGGAAGGCAGCGUCCAGGCAGCGGCUCAGGCCAGCUCAAGGGAAAGGCCAGCUCAUAGAGGUUGGCAGGAAGCUGGUACCAGACUCCAAACAAAGUCCUAAGACCAGAAAGACCGGUUCAGGGGUCGGCUCUGAACCUGCAGUCAAAGUUAAGCCGUCUAAACCUGUCAGUGUUAAAAGCAAACCCAUAGUGGUGCAAAGUCACGCAGGAGUUAGCUCGCCAGGUAAAGAGAGUUCAGGUGGUCCUCGGCGGCUUGCUGAGGUUAAACAAAAAUUUAAAGAGAGCACUGAUUUUUCUAAAAAGUCUAAGAACGAGAAAAACAAAAAAGAGGCCCAGUCAAAAAGAGAAACACCGUCAAAGCUCGGCCUGCUUGCCGGAGCUGCCUCUAUCGCAGCAGGGUCGGUGUUAAUGCAAGAGGUGGCGUUCAGAAGCUCGCCGUCGCCGUCCGAGAGCAGGCGUGGCGUCCUGAAAGAGAGCAUGACAAAAUCACGGAGCGAGGAGACUGAAUCCUACGCUGCAGAUUUCAGCAACAAGUCCUCGGUCAGCAUCAACAUCAUACCGGAGAGUCCUGAAGGCACGAGUCGGGGCGAGAAGGAGACGAGUCAGGAUGGAAGCGAGGAGGAGGUCAAACAGGAAGAAGAGGAGGAGGAGGAGGAGGAGGAAGGGCAGAGAACGAGUGCAGACGUCAGCGAGGAGGAGGAAGAGGAGGAGGAGGAGGAAGAGGAGGAGAAUGUCAGUCAUAGUAUCAAGAAAGUAACAGAGGAAGAAGAUGAUGAAGACAGCAACACUCUUCAACCAGAGGAUGAGUCAGAAACUGAUGUAGAUGAGGAGGCAAGCAGGGAAGAGGAGGAAGAUGAGAGUAGUGCUGAGGAAGAGGAGGAGGAAGAGGAGGAGGAGGAAGCAAGUGGCAAAGCAGGAAGUGAAAGUGAAGACGAGACUGAAUCCAAAGAGAGCAAAGGAGGUGAUGCAGAAGAGGAGGAAGAGGAAGAGAGCGAGGAAGGGUCGAGUCACGAGAUAGAGAGCACAAGAGGAGAGUCUAAAAAUGAGGAGGAAGGUGAGGAAGAAGAGGGGGAUUUGGAAAGCGAAGGUGAGGAAGAGGAGGGUGAAAGUGAGUCCGUAAAGUCUUCGGAGGAGAGACAAGAGAGUGAUGGAGAGAGUGAGACAAAGGAGGAAGAGGAGGAGGCGAGUAGUGCUGAGGAGGCAGAGGAGGAGGCAGAGGAGGAGAGUAGUACUGAGGAGGAGAGUAGUGAGGAAGAGGAUGGUGAAAAUGAGGAUGAAAGUGAAGAAGAGGAAGAAGGAGAAGAGGAGGAAAGUGAAAAUGAAAAGCAGGUGGAGGAAGAAGAAGAAGAAGAAGAAGAAGCAGAGGAAGAGAGUGCUGAGGAAGAGGCAGAGGAGGAAAAGGAGAGUGGAGAAGAAGGAGAGGAUGAAGAGGAUCAAAACAGUGAGGAAGAGGAUGAAGAGGCUGAGGACGAAAAGGAGAGUGAAGGAGAGGAGGAAGAGGAUCAAAACAGUGAGGAAGAGAAUGAAGAGGCUGAGGAGGAAGAGGUUGAUAAAGAGGAGGGGGAGGAGGAAGAGGUUGAUAAAGAGGAGGAAGAGGGGGAGGACGAGGAGGAGGAGGAGGAGGAAGAAGAAGAGGAGGAAGAGGAAGAGGUUGUCAAAAAGAAAAAGUCUGCUGAAGUCAAAAGCAUUAAAUCUGGAGGUAAACUGAGGUCAGGGGUCAAAGGUCAGGCAGCAGACGAGUCAGAGGAGUUUUGGGACGACGUGUUGCCGCAGUACCUCAACCUGAAAUAACACAACCACUUCAGAUGAUUCUGUUCAUUAUCAAUCAAUCCAGUCAUUGAUUAUUAUUUAUUAUUUAUUACAUCACAAAAUAAUGACGACUUUGACAACCAGAUAAAAUGUCUUUUUGCUUCAUAAUGUUCCCGUGAAGAUUUUUUUAUCAGGUAUGUAUUCCGCUGGUCGUCACCGAUACGACCCCUCUGGAGGACGGAACCUGCCAAAAUCAAAAAUCAAUCAAUCAAUACAUAAAUGACUCGAUAAAUAAAUAAAUAAAUACAUGUCAUUAAAAGUAGCAAAAAUAAUAUUAAAAAUAAAUGUA